GAAGAAGGGAGUGCUAAUGAAACUGUUUAAAAAGGGAAUGAAGCGGAUGAGCAAAUCAGUUGAUAGUGGUGAUGAUGGUGAUUAUGGCAACCAGGAGGAGUGUGGAUACUCGGGGGAUGGAGUGAGGGAGGAGGAAGUGGUGGAGGGGGAGGAGGAGGAGAGGGAGGGGGGGGAGGAGAGGGAGGUAGAGGAGGAGGGAAAUAUGAACCAGCUAGGCAAGAACAGCAGCACCACCAACAGCAGCACUAGCAGCACCAACACAGGCACCAGCAGCACCAGCAGCACCACCACCACCAGCAACAGCAGCAGCAAGGGCAAGGGUCUGCGUCGAUCACUGCUUAUCCCGAAGCCAGCGUUUCCCAAGGCAGCUGGCAUCAUCCCUACCUCUUUCUCGCUUGACACGCUCCCCUUCCCCCGUCCCUCCUCCUCCUCCCCUCUCACCCCCCCUUCCCUCACUUCCUCUCCUCUCGCCUCCCCUCUCCUUCGUUCCCCUCGGCCCCUGCCCCCUCUCCUCGUCCCUCUCUCCCCUCCCACUGCCAAAAGCAGCACGCCUGUUCUAAGCACGCCCGCCGUACACACGCCCAACCGGAGCAUGCCUGUUAUAAGCACGCUCGGGAAGGGAAGAGGGGGAGAGGGUGGGGGAGAGGGCGGGGGAGAGAAUGGAGAGAGAGAAAGAGAAGGGAGCAGGGUUGAAGAGACAGUGGAGGUGGCUGAAGCUGGGAGGGGCGGCGGCAGGGGUAGGGUAAGGCACCGGCGUGCUGUCUCUGUCACCGAUUUCAACCACUCUGUCACCGAUUUCAACCUCUCUGUCACCGACUGCACUCCUCUCAGUGUCGUAGACUCGUGCGAGGGGCCUAGGUCGGUUGAGGAGGGAAAGAGGCGAGGACGUUCCAGGAGAAAUGUGAACCAGCCAGGAGAGGAGGUAGGGAGAGAGGGUGAGAAGGGAGCAGGAGGAGAAGGUGGGAAGGGAGGAAGAGAUGGGUUGGAAUGGGUGGAAAGGGUUACCGUUCAAGGGGCAGAAGAGGUGGCUGAACCUAGGAGAGGGGUCAGAGGCAGGGGCAGGGGCAGGGGCAGGGGCAGGGGCGGGGGAGGGCACAGGCGAGCUCUCUCUGUCACCGAUUUCAAUCCCUCUGUCACCGAAUCCAACCUCUCUGUUACGGACUGCACCCCUCCGACUGACUUUGACCCGUGCGAGGGGCCAAGGUCCAUUGAGGAAGGGGGGUCUCUCUCCUCACAUUGGGUAGUCUCAGAACUAUCUUUGGCUGCUGGCCUACUAGCAGGCACUACUGCUGCUGCUGCCACUAAUGCUGCAGGUAUGCCUGCUGCCGUUGGCGGUGGUGGUAACCGCGCUCUGAAGAAUGCGCGUAACACCCCGGAUAGCUCACAGCUUAGUGGCAACACCAACGGCCAGGAUCGCGCACAGAACGGCUAUCAAGGCGCAUCCGGCCGUUCAUCUGCGAACCCAGCGUCAGAUCCCAGCCGAUCAUUGCCGGCACAUGCUCUCUCCGCUGUUCCCACUGGCUCCCCCCCCCCACCUGCUGCCGUUCCUGCUGCCGCUGUUGCUGCUCCUGCUGCUGCUGCUGCUGGUGCCGCUGGCGGUAUUGCAAGGGUGAGCAGGCGACACACAACAGGCGGUCAGCCAAGCAACUGCCACAUAAACAGCACUUACUUAAGCAAGGAUCCGCCUUUUGCCCAGCAGACAGCAUCAGGUGAAGGUGCACUUUUUGAAACCUCUGAAAAGCAACAGUCACAGGUGCUUUCUCAGGUGCUUUCUCAGAGUGAUCGCCCGACGGGGAGUGGUGGUAGGGACAUGGCGGGUGCUGCUGCUGCCGUCACAGGGGCAGCAGCAGCAGCAGCAGCAGCAGCUGCUGCUGAAGGCAGUGUCAGGGGGCGCAACUGCAGUGCUCAAUAUCGCAACGGGGGGGUUGUGAUGGACGGUCAUGGUGCUCUCAGAGGAAGUUGUUCAGAUAAUAGUGAGGAGUUUAGUAGCGAGGAUGAGGGGAGUGAGCGGGGCAUCUCAGGUGAAGAUUCGAGCUGGUCUAGUGGCCGGCUCAGCUACGCUUUUGACGCUGCGUCAGUGGCAGGGAGGGGGACAGGGAACGCCGUUACAAGGAGAGACUUCUUUGCUGCUGCUUCUCCUUCUGCUGCUGCUGCUGCUGCUGCUGCUGCUGCUACUGCUGCUGCUGCUGCUGCUGCUUCUACUUCUACUAUAAUUGAUGCCUCUCCCCACGCCCAGUCUCACAUGCGCCAUAACAACAGCUUCAAGUUUGGUACGGCAGUCACUGGUUCGGCAGUGGGAGGUUUGACCUUAGGAGAUUUGGCAGACGGAGGUUUGUCUGCUGGUACUGCCGCUACAGCAGCUGCUGCUGCUGCUGCUGCUGCUGCUGCUGCUGCUGCUUCUGCUUCUACUAUAAGUGAUGCCUCUCCCCACGCCCAGUCUCACAUGCGCCAUAACAACAGCUUCGAGUUUGGUACGGCAGUCACUUGUUCGGCAGCGGGAGGUUUGACCUUACGAGAUUUGGCAGACAGAGGUUUGUCUGCUGGUACUGCCGCUACAGCAGCUGCUGCUGCUUCUACUUCUACUAUAAGCGAUGGCUCUCCGCAUGACCAGUCUCACAUGCGCCAUAACAACAGCUUCGAGUUUGGUAUGGCAGAAGCUGGUUCGGCAGUCGGAGCUUUAGAAAAUGAAGGCUCGGCAGAUGGAGGUUCGGAAACCAGUGGCUUGGGCCGAGCCUCGGAGGUAUGGCAAGGCACGGUUGGGUUCGGCAGCCGAGGGUUGUUUCCACAGAACAGGAGAGGGGGUCGGCGUUUCUCGUCCUUUUCGGGGUUUUCAGAGUUGAAAGCAAGUGGAAGAGGGGGAGGAGGAGAAGGAGGAGGGGGAAAAGGAGAAGGAGGAAGCAGGGGGUUACCUGGUGGGAGGGUUGUGAGACGCUGGGAGGAACAGGGUAGAGGAAAUGGGGAAAAACAGGUUGAGGGUGAGUUGGAGAAAGAGGAGGAGGAAGAGGAGGAGGAGGACGACGACGAGCGCACUCCUAUCGCUACUCCUGUGGGCCUUUCUCCAUCUGGUUCCCCUCAGCGUGUGUUUGUGUCAUUAGACCUACAAGGAGGGGGAAAGGGCGACGAGGAGGGGGAGGAGGAGAGUGACGAUGAGCACGCUCCCAUCGCUACUCCCGUUGCCCGUCCCCGCACUGGUUUCCCUGUUGAUCCGCCUCCCUUUGAGUCGACUCAGAGGAAGGCUACUCCCGUUGCCCGGAAUGUGAGAAAUCUAACCGGCCCCCCAAUGGGUUUCACUGUUGAUCCGCCUCCCUCUCUCUCCCCCUCGGGUUUGCCUGUUCGUCUGCCUCCCUCCUCGCCUGGUUGCAAAAACGAGGCUAGGUUCAAUGAACCUGGAAAGGGGGAGAGCGAGACCAAGGAGGGGAGGGAUGAGAGGAAGGAGGGGAGGGAAGAAGAGAGAGGGGGGAAGGUGAUGGCACUGCAAGAGGGUGUGAGGGCCAGCAAUGUGCGGUUUGCAAUACCACGGCGAGAAAUCGGCGUUCCUGUUGCCACUGGCGCUUCAGGUGGCAUGGCUUCAGGUGGUAUGGCUUCAGGUGGUAUCACUUCAGGUGGUUUCACUUCAGGUGGUAUGGCUUCAGGUGGUAACACUUCAGGUGGUGGGGUUUCAGUCUCGCUUGCUGCUGAUUUUAAGGGGGGGGAAGAAGAGAGGGAGAAGGAUGGAGAAGAGAGGGGAGGAGAAGGAGGCGAAAGAGGAGGAAAAAGAGUGGGAGAAAACAGAAGGGCAAGAAUAGAUGCGAUGAGGCAAGUGGCGAUGAAAGGAGGAAGGUUGGACAAGCAUGACGGUAGAAUCAGCAGCAGCAGCACCGCCGCCACCACCAGCAGCAGUAGCACCAGCAGCAGCAGCAGCACCAGCAGCAGCACCAGAACCAGCACCAGUAGCACCACCGCCACCAGUACCAGCAUCAUCAGCAGAAGAAGUCUCCAGCUCUCCCCUUUAGGCCUCCGAGCCGGCAGCUGUAGCAGAGGCAUGAGCGCUGGCACUGGCACUGGCACUGGCACUGGCAAGAGCAUGGAAAGGGUCGUAGGAGUGGGGGGAACUGACUUCAGCAAGAGUAUGAGCCGCAGUGUCAGCUAUGAGACUGGCAAGAAUGCCACCACCAGUAUCAGAUCUCCCACCAGUAUCAAAUCUCGCACCAGCAGCAGAUCUCUUUCCAGUAACACAUCUCCCACCACCACUAUCACCUGGACACCCCCCACCCAAGGUCUUCUCUCCCGGAGCUUCGAUGCUCGUAGUCCAAGGGGGGGAGGAGGGACAGCAGCACCCAAGUCUCUGCGAGGGGGAGAGGCGAUGAGGACGAGACGAGCGGCUCAAGCAGAUGCUGCCGCCGCUGCUGCUGCUGCUGCUGCUGCUGCUGGUGCAGCUGCUGGUGCCGGUGCUACUACUGCUCUUGCAAAAUCUAAUGGUGCUGCUGCUGCUGCCAAUGCUACCGGAGCUGGUGCUGCUGCCAACGCUACCGGAGCUGGUGCUGCUGCCAACGCUACCGGAGCUGGUGCUGCUGCCUGUAGUGUCAUCUCAGAAACCGCUGGAGUGGGUGCUGCUUAUGCAGCAGCAACCGAAGCAUCCACUGCAGUAGCAGUCACAGGCACAGCAGCCGUCACCCAACUUCCUGGAACCUUCUCAGCCGUUCCCCUAGCAGUCUCUCACCUGCUCCAGUCAUCUGGCCUCGGCUCGUGGCUCUCUCCUGGGGCCAGCUCUGCUGGCUCCGACGAUGACAGCAGCCCUCUCAGGCAACGGCCCAUCUCGGGUUUUGAGGCCCCUAACAAGCCGUCUGGCCUCGGCUCGUGGCUUUCCCCUAGGGACAGCCCUGCCGGCUCUGAUGACGACAGCACUCCUGUGAAGCAGCGGCCGGUGAACAGGGAGAAUGAGCAGCAGCUACAGCUGCAGCAGCAGGAGGACGAGAAACGGUGGCAGCAGCAGCAGCAGCAGGAGAGACAGGGUGUGGGUGUGGGACAAAGUCAGCAGCAGCAGCACAGCAGCAGCAGCAGCAGCAUGCAGCUGGGCGGGUUGACGGAGCGAGGAGAGGACGGCUCGUUUCCAAUGCCAAGGCAAGGGUGACCCGGCCGCACCUGGAGAGUGUGCAGUCGUCGUGGGUGCAUGAUGACCACGAGGACGACGCGGAGUACGAAGGGUGGGGUGCCAUGCCCAAGGGGGGGGCAGCAACUUGUGGAGGCAAGGAGGGUUUCUCCUGGUGUGAAUGCUAGAACGAGGGUGGCUCGGCCGCACCUGGAGAGUGCAGUCAUUGUGGCUGCAUGAUGACCACGAGGACGAUGCGGUGCGGAGUACGGAGGGUGGGGUGCCACGCCCAAAGCGGGAGCAGCAACUGGGGCUGCUGGAGGGACGGCGCAAAGGUUUUAGCUGUGAGAUGUUUCAAAGCUCGGCCGCAUGUCGAGGGUAUUUUUACUGGAGCUAGGCUAAGGCGCAUCUUGAGAGUGAACUCGUCAUGGUGCAUGGUCACGACGAGGACGAUAUGGAAUAUGAAGGAUAGAUGGUGCCGAGCUUACUGGGAGUAAACGGGUUGGAGUAAACAUGUGUUUUAGGCGUUUUAGGUCAAAAUCAUGCCAGCGGCAAUAACUUACAUCCAGCAAGGAAAUGGAGGCGCGUGACAUGAAAUAACUUGCAAUUACUUCU